AAGGAGAUGCUGCAGCACUGGGAGGACGUCUGGCAGGAGGUGCUGCAGGCCCUGCGCAUCCUCCCGGAGGUGGGGCCGGCUCCGGCCUGCGCCCUCAGGCAUGGAGAACCAGAGCUGUCGCCUCCUCCCGGAGUUGUGCCAGCACCGACUUGUGCACGUAGAUGUGAAAACCCCACCUCCCAGGGGGGCAGUGAGUCACCCAGGGGUCUGGAGCAGGCGGGGAUCGAGCUGCCGGAGGAGACGGCACCGUGUCGAGAGGAGCAGCUGUCAGCCACGCAGACCCCUGCCGAGGUUAAGCCAACUCCAGCACCUGCAUGGAGAACCCUGGAGCUGCCACAGCUGGCCCCAGAGGACGAUAUCGAGGCCUAUCUGGCCACCUUUGAGCAGGUGGCUGACGCCCGCCAGUGGCCGAGAGAGGAAUGGACAACCCGACUGGAGCUGUACCUCACCGGGAAAGCCCAGUUGGCCUAUGGCAGCCUAGACAUCACAGAGACAAGUGACUAUGGGAAGGUGAAGGCCACCAUCCUGCGUCGCUAUGGCAUCAGCCCGGAGACACAGCGCAGGCGCUUCAGGGAAUUCUGCUACCAGGAGGCCGAGGGGCCCCAGGAGGCUUACAGCCGCCUCCGGGAGCUCUGCCAUCGCUGGCUGGAGCCGCAGAGCCGCACCAAGGAGCAGAUCCUGGAGCUGCUGAUCCUGGAGCAGUUCCUGACCAUCCUGCCGGAGGAAAUGCAGGGCUGGGUCUGGGAAUGUGGUCCUGAUACCGGCGCCCAAGCGGUGGCCCUGGCAGAGGGGUUCCAGGUGGGGCAGCCAGAGGCCGAAUGGCCGGGGCUACAGGUGAGAGUGUAA